AAAAAAGACUACGUAGAGGUCACGUGUUAGACAUGGUCGGUGAAGCUCGAAGACGGCGCUAGGUACCGGUGAUUGUACACUGAAGUUUGUUUUGAGAUUCAUCAUUAAGUGAACCGUGCUAUUUGAUACCAAGAUGUCUGCAGAGAAUCAAGGUCAGGUCUCGUUCCGGAUACUGGUCAGCAGCAACAAAGCUGGAGGUGUCAUAGGCAAAGGUGGUCAUAACAUCAAACGCCUUAGGGAACAGUACGAAGCAGAUGUGAUCAUUCCAAACAGUGGCGGCUCACACCGUGUCUUGCAGAUAUCGGGUGGUAAUCUAGAGAACUGCCUGACUAUUGUAAAAGAGGUGAUUCCCCUCAUUGUAGACGAGGGUGCAGGGUUUCCUGUCGAUGAGACGGCUACAGCGACGGUGAGUGUCUUGGUGCAAAGCAGCCAGGUAGGGGCCAUCAUUGGAAGAGGGGGAGUGAAGAUCAAGGAACUCCGGGAAAAGACUGGUUCCAGUUUGACUGUCAUGCAGGACUGCCUUCCCAAUUCGACAGAGCGUCAAGUCCAAGUCAUCGGCACCUCGGAUGCGGUAGUGUCGGCCCUGCGAGAGAUCCACGAGACAUGCAGUGAAUUCCCAGUCAAAGGCCAGGCCAUCCCGUAUGAUCCAUCAGUUGACGUCACCGGAGGUUACGGCUGGAAUGCCGGCGGCUUUGGUGGACCGAUGGGAAGAGGGGGUGGAGGAAUGGGAAUGCGUGGAGGUCGAGGUGGUCGAGGUGGCAGAAUGGGACCGAACCAAGGGUUUGGUGGUGGCUUUGGCGGUGCCGAUCAUGGGGGAUUUCGUGGUGACAUCCAGACCACACAGAACACAGUCCCUAACGACCUCAUCGGAGCGGUCAUAGGCAGAGGCGGGGAACGCAUCAGGAACAUCCGUAUGAAUAGCGGCGCCGAGAUCGAGAUCGCCAACCCCGUCCCUGAUGCAGUCGACAGGAUCAUCACUAUCAGAGGCACCCAUGAGCAGAUCAACCAUGCCCAGUUCCUGCUGCAACAGUGCAUCAGGCAGUUUGGGGGAACAGCGGCACAAUCAUUCUAGUCUUUUGUCAUGAAAAAGGACAAUUGGAGAUUUAUAAAGACUUUCUCUACCUCUGUUCAAUGCAAAUCUGUUGGAAAUAGAGGAUCAACGUCUCAUGGCCCAGUUAAUGAAAGUAAAUGACUGAAAUACCUUGAGGUACAUGUAUUUUGCAAUGAGAUGGGGUAAUAUUGUAAGAGCCAAUUUUGCCAUGUACAUGUUCAAGUAUUUCAUCAAUUUUAGUUUUGCUCCUGAUUUUCACAAAUUGGUGUGUUCAUAAUUCCUGGAUUUCUCUCUCCAUUUGCAGCAAUGAUUGUGAAGGUUAAAUUCACACUUCAUUUUGAUUCCUACAUGGUGGAGAGCCUGUUAUAGAAAGAGUUGCACUUGAUGCAUUUUACUGGUCGGAAGUCAAGUUGUGAUUUUUUAAAAAAAUUAUAUUUGAUUGUAUUAAACUCUUUCGCCAACUGUCCCAGAUCUUGGUUGCUGCGCCUUAUCAUCAGUGAGUUUAAAUACCUUACAGUAUCUGCAUAUGCACUUUAGCAUGACUUUGACACUUUGAAUCAAACUUUUUUUAAGUCAAUCCCUUGGGGUGUUUCACAAAGACUUAAAUGUGACUUGAGAGUUGCACUUACAUGUAAAUUCCUAGUCGCGUGUCGUAUAUAAAAGACAUCACGUAUUUGCAUAUAGGUCAUAUUAGGAGCGGAUCCAGCCGGAUUUAACUCAGUACCAAUUUAAGUGCCAUAUUUUUUUUGUGUACAAUAGUCGGCCUCUCACAACUAUUGAGUCUAAUCCGGCUGGAUCCCCGCUUGGGUCACAUCGUGCUGUGAGGACGUGUGCUACUGCAUAUCAAUCAAUGAGUUGCACGAUACGUAUCAUGUGCGCAUCAGAAUUUAAGUCAUACUCCUGAAACACCCCAUGGGAUAUAUUACCACAGAAUAUAUCAGUCUUUGAAUUUUAGGAAAAUUACUACCCAUUGGAUGGAGGUGCUUCAUACAGAGAUGUCAAUUUUUACACUUCUUUUCUUUUUUUUUAAAUUUGCUGUAUUUAAUGUGAUUCAUGGAAUAUAUCGUUUCCUCCUAUAAAAUGAAUUGUCGUACUAAUAUAAUAGUAAAAAUACUUCUCUUUUCUUCUGUUAUGUGGCUGAAUCACAAGAUUCAACCCUGAAAUGAAAUGCUGUACAAAGUGGUUGACAUUCCUGGGUCCUUAGAUAAGGGUCUCGUCUUACAAAGAGUUGGGAUUGAUCCGAUCAAUCACAACUAUGGACGGCCAGCAACGUCAAAAUCUAAAAUGCAUGUUUGUUGAAAAUAUUUUCUAGCUGUGAUGUAUAUUCAUGCAUUCAUUGUUUUCUUGAAAAUUCACUGUGCUGCUCUUUGUUUACAAAGGACAUUUUGCAGAUUUUCUGUAGAGAAAAUUAUGACACGGAUGCGUUUCCAUACAUAGAGUUACGAUUGAUCGGAUCAAUAGUAACUGUCUGUAAGACAGUGCCAAGAUAUAUGAUCUUAAAUAACAAUCGAUUGAACUGUUCUUACAAGUUCGAAGCACAAAAGGGCCCGCAUUACACGAUAUUUUACUUUGCGAGUCGGGUGAAGAGAUUGAUUGAAAACCUGUCCCCCUUGUGCUCAAAUGCUUUAACUUUCUUUCACUUCAGUAUUUGUUUUCUGUUCAGACUAGUAUUUUUGUCAUAGAUCCAAGCAGAAUUUGGGCUUUGGUUAAAUCAACACGUUAUGCUUGAUAGUCAGCAAAAACUAACGUAUCGCAGUCAUCCGAUCGCCAUGAAAAAUAAUUUGGUAUACAUAUACAAAACACUUGCGAGGUCAUUGGAGGGAGUGUGUAAAAAUCAUUUUAUUUUAUCAACUUAUUGGUAAAUACUGGGGGGGGGGGGGGGCACUCAAAUUACAUUUUAAUGGGAUGUGCCUCACGUAACCCUGAAAUGGGGUCUAAGGAACUGACCACAAGGGUAGAAUAUGGGGUCUUAUGUACGGUAUGUGAAAAUAGUCUAAGGAACGGGAUCGCGGUUCAGUAGGUACGAUGCAUGCUAGCAUUGCUGUGUAUGUAUAUGUGGGCGCUAGCAGUGCAUGGAGUUGCUAGCAAAAGGAGUUGUGAAGUCGUGCGUGCAGCUCUCGCAUGCACUCGCGCUUUACAAUUUUGGCAGGGCAAGGGAACAGAUUUUUUCAGAACGGGGGUCUUGCAAGACGUGCGGCUUCUGAAUGGAACUUUUCUUGUUUGGAGUAUCUAGAGAACUGAAAAUAAGGUCUGAAAAGGGGGUCAUCAAAGCACGUCCCCGUACCACCAAUAUACAUGUAUUUGAGUGCCCCCCCCCCCAAUGGUAAAUAUUGACCAGCACUCAGCAGCAAGAGUGAAAAGACCAAUUUACAAUCUGAUUACAAUACAGAGUAAAAUUACGUAAUGAUAUUGUACAGCUUCUAGAAUUGUGGGGCUUAAUGAUUGAAUUGGAAAUCAAUUUUUGUGAUCAUUGAGUCAUGAUUUAAAUUUAUUUAAGGUUUCCAUUUCAAAGUAUGCCUACGCUGCAAAUUAUGCUGUCAUAACUCCAUCAAUUGCAGCCUUGAAGGGCCUUUAGGUUAGGACAUGUUCCCUUUUCAUGAACUACCCCCUCUUGUUUUUACCGGGAAUAUUUUUUCUUGGUAUUGCAUCACAAUUUGCUCCACAAUUUUUUUAAGACUGCUACUUGUACUCAAAAAUUACUUUGUGUAGCAGAUUUCUACAGAGGACUGUACACAGAACCGAGUUAAAAGCCCUUGUGAUUGAAUAUGCUGAUAAAAAUUGGUAACCAAAAUUAUUCCCUGAUGCUGAUUUUUGGUCUUUGUCUUCUUAACUAUCAUAAAGUAAAGUGGUUUCAUUUGUAAUGGUAACAUGAAACUCAGUGGGACAUAUACAUCUAAUAUUUAAUGCAAGAAGGCAUUUAAAAGGACGUUCAUGUACACUUUACAUGUAUACUCCAGGGGUUGAAUUAAUUUGUGUACCGGUAAUUCAUUUCUUUCAGAGUGCUUCUAUUUGUUCCAUGCGUUUUGUUUGGCAAACAAUACAUAAUUUUUUUUUUUUUUUGUUUCUUUGUGUAGAGUCAUGUUAGAUGAGGAUAAGGGAGUCAUGAUAAAAAAAUAAAACUAUUCAUUGCUGCCUCUGUAUAUGUUAGUAUUUUAAUAUCUAUUAUUGCAUUUAGUCAUGUUGUUCCUAAGAUUUGAUAAAAGUACUGUGCGUGUACACCGUCAUUGAAUGGUGCGUUUGAAUCACGAAAAUGUAUAGCUUUAACUUGUGUAUUUUGGAUUAUACAUUGUACAUGGAUCCAUAUUUUAGAAUUUAGAUAAUAAACCCCACCCAUUGUCUUGUAGUCUAAUCUCAUGCAUAUUUUUCGAUUACAAUUAUUUGCAAUUUGGCUUAUUAUUGGCAACCUAAAUAAUUACUAGUCUUGUCGGUGAUGUCCGAUUCCUUGCAAGAGAGAAGCAAAAAGUAAUGUAUUCAGAUUUUUUCAGACUGAAUUCCAAUACUAGUAAUUAUGUCACUUAUUUUAACAAGAAUAUGUAUAAUAUUUUGUUCUAUGGUUUUGGGGGAAAACAUUAAGUAUGUUUGUAAACUUAUCUAUUGCAUGUAUUAUAUUGCAUAUAUGAUUAUUUUUUGGACUUCUUUAUUUGAUAUUUUCACUUUUAUGGAACCAAGUAGAGAAGGAUUUCUAAUUUUUAUGCCAAUUGUAUUUUAAUUUUCGUUAUUCUGUGCGUGACCAAUAAAUUGGAUUGAAUCAAAA